AGCAUCAUUUGAAUCUUGAAUUUGCUAACGUUAGCACUUGAAAAAUAAAAAUCUUCAAAACGAAACGCGUGUGCUGUGCUUCAAAGUGAAACCAAAUACUAAAAUUGUGUAAAAAGGCCGGAAAAUUAGGCUAAAAAACCAAGCACUUAGCUAUUGUCUACAAUGAAUUACUUUUUUCUGCUAGCAUUACUACUAGCAGUAUGCGGGACUUUUGCAGAUGUAUCGCAUUUAGAUACUGAUUUACGUGAAGAUGGUUAUCACUAUAAGGAACCUUCAAUACCAUUUCCACCUCCUCCUACUGGAAAUGGUCUAGAAGAUACAGAUUUUCGGCCAAGACCACCAGGUCCACAGCCACAACCGCAACCGCAACCACAGCCACCUGCACCAGCACCAAGCUAUGGGCCACCUCAGCCACAACCAAGUCCACAACCUCAGCCACCAGCUCCAUUCCCAAGUUAUGGACCACCACCUGCACAACCAUCAAGACCACAACCAAGCCCACCUGGUCCAAGGCCACCAUCUCCUCAACCACCAGCACCUGGUCCUAGUUAUGGUCCACCACAGCCACAACCUCAGCCACCAUCUCCACAGCCACCAUCUCCACAGCCACCAGCGCCAGGUCCUAGUUAUGGUCCACCACAGCCACAACCUCAGCCACCAUCUCCACAGCCGCCAUCUCCACAACCACCAGCGCCAGGUCCAUCUUAUGGUCCACCACAACCUCAACCGCAGCCACCCAAGCCUCAACCACCAGCGCCAGGUCCAUCUUAUGGUCCACCACAGCCACAACCACAACCACCAAGACCUCAACCUCCUGCACCUGGACCAAGUUAUGGGCCACCUCAACCGCAACCACAACCACCAAGACCUCAACCUCCUGCGCCUGGACCAAGUUAUGGGCCACCUCAGCCGCAACCAGGUGUACCUCAACCUCCUACACCAGGAAAACCAGGACAAGAAUAUUUGCCACCAUCAACUCCAACGCGUCCGAGUCCACCAAUUUUCCAACCACGUCCACCAACACCCGCUCCAAGCUAUGGUCCACCACAACCACAACCACCAAGACCACAGCCGCAGCCACCUAGUCCUCAACCUCCAGCACCAGGUCCUAGUUAUGGUCCACCACAACCACAACCACAGCCGCAACCGCAACCACAACCUCAACCUCCAAAACCUCAGCCUUCUGCACCUGCGCCAAGCUAUGGCCCACCACAACCACAACCUCAACCACCAAGACCACAACCACAACCACCAGCACCGGCACCAAGCUAUGGUCCCCCACAACCACAGCCACAGCCCCCACGACCUCAACCUCCUGCGCCUGGACCAAGUUAUGGACCACCUCAACCUCAACCACAACCACCCAGACCUCAACCACCAGCGCCAGGUCCAUCUUAUGGUCCACCACAGCCUCAACCACAACCACCAAGACCUCAACCUCCAGCACCUGGACCAAGUUAUGGACCACCUCAACCGCAACCACAACCACCAAGACCUCAACCUCCUGCGCCUGGACCAAGUUAUGGACCACCUCAGUCGCAACCACAACCACCUAGACCUCAACCUCCAACACAACUGCCAAGUCCACAGCCACAACCUGAAUAUUUACCACCUCCUGGCGACAAUGAAGUAACUAUUCCAGAAACUUAUCCAGGACCAUCUCCAGGACCAUCUCCGGGACCAACACAACCUGAACCACAAGAACCGAUACCAGAAGCUGGUUCGUUGGGACCUGACGGUUAUAACUACAACAAACCAUCUCGACCAUUUUCAUAUUAAAUUAAUAGAAUUCAUAAAUUAUCACAUUCUUACUCACCAAAUGUAGUAUUACUUUUGUUCCAUUUUAUGAUCACAAAAUAAAGUUUUAGGCCGACAUUAUUUUUUUACGCAUCAAUACGAACAAUUUUAAAAA